GAUUUUACACAACCAAAAGCUCUUUUUACUUGUUUGUUGGACGCCAUGGCUGGUUUAUGGAACCAUAGCCUUCAAUGGGUAUUAACUUGUUUCUCUUUUUGCAUUAUUUCUAUAUCAGCUGAGCUUCAGCGGUUUGAACACCCCAUUAAAGCUAAUGGGUCGCUUAGCUUAUUGGUGAUUGGAGAUUGGGGAAGAAGAGGACAUUACAAUCAAUCUCUAGUUGCUGAUCAGAUGGGAAGGAUAGGGGAGAAGUUGAACAUAGAUUUGGUGGUUUCCACUGGAGACAACUUUUAUGAGAAUGGACUAAACAGCAUACAUGACCCUUCUUUUAAGAAGUCAUUUGCCAAAAUUUAUACUGCUAAGAGCUUGCAAAAGCAGUGGUACAGUGUUUUAGGCAACCACGACUAUAGAGGAAAUGUUGAGGCGCAAUUGAACCCAAUUCUUAGGAAGAUCGAUCGCAGAUGGCUUUGUCUAAGAUCCUUUGUGCUUAGCUCAGGAAUUGUGGAUUUUUUCUUCGUGGACACAACUCCAUUUGUCGACAAGUACUUUUUAAGACCAGGGCAUCAUACUUACGAUUGGAGAGGUGUACUUCCCAGGAACGAAUACCUAGCAAACCUCUUAGUGGAUCUUGAUUUGGCAUUGACGGCUUCAACAGCAAACUGGAAAAUUGUCAUUGGACAUCAUCCUAUCCGAAGCAUAGGGCAUCAUCGUGACACAGCAGAGCUUACAGUCCAGCUUCUACCAAUACUAGAGGUACACGACAUUGAUAUGUACAUAAAUGGGCAUGACCAUUGCCUGGAACACAUAAGUAGCACUAGAAGGAAGAUCCAGUUUUUAACCAGUGGAGGCGGUUCAAAGGCAUGGAAUGGUGAUAUAGACCAAUUGAACCAAGAUGGAUUGAAAUUUUACUAUGAUGGGCAGGGCUUUAUGUCUGCUGAACUCACGCAGACUGAAGCAAGAAUUGUAUUCUAUGAUAUCUUUGGCAAAGUUUUGCAUAAUUUGGAUCUUUCCAAGGAGCUCUACUCAACCAUGUAGAGAUAUUCUGAAAAUUUUGAUCUCUCAUACCUCUAUUAAGUGAUCUCCCAUAUUAUUUUA